UAAUUUUGCUAUGUUUGUAUUACGCAACCUCUGGCUCUGGAUUUGUGUGUAUUUCUCUCUGACAAACGUCAAUCAAACAGCAGUUAUUUAGCCAUUGAAAAUGUUUUACCUCGUAAAUAUUAGCAGAAAGUUUGGUCCAUUAAACAAGAUAAGAAACUGUAUAUUUUUUCUUGAAAAUCCCGGCAACUUUACUCCAAAACUUGAUGUGAAAGUUAGCCGUCUAGGAGUCCAAUCUAGCAGAAAUUGCUCGACGACGACGCCUGCAGACUCGGCGAAAGGGACGGUGCUGAACCGUUCGCCAGCCCACUACGUGCAAGGUCAAUCGCCCGAGCCCAAAAUUCGAGAAUACUUUUAUUUCAUUGACCAUCAGGGACAGCUUUUCCUUGAUGAUGCAAGAGUUAAGAAUUUCAUAACUUGUUUUAAAGACAAAAAGUUCCUGGCCUUCUUCUUCAAGAGACUCAAACAGAACUCAUUCGAGCAUUACAAGGAUGCCUUCCCUUAUCUAUCACCCUGCGGAGUAGAGAGAAACUUUGUACGGUGUGAUGAUCGUCCAAUCGUGUUCACUCACAUCAUUCCCGAUCCAGACGAGCCAUCCGGGCCCGGACUUCUCUCCUGUAACUUCACCGGGGAUGCGGUCACCGUGAAGUUUGAACCAGAGAAGGUGUGCAUGCUCCCUGUGAGUGGUCGCAUUUACCAUCCAGCACCGCACAAAACAGGGGGAGUGGGACUGAUCAAAUCCAGUAUCGCUAUUGACAUCAGCGCUUGCUUUGAGUUUGGGGAGAAAGGCGAGUAUUCCCCUCCAACACACUUCACCUGGCUUGGAAAGAGAUACACUCUGACCAAUGAAGUCCUUGAUUUGAUGACCGAUAGUGAAAAAAGUGAGUUGGAAGACAGAUGAGAUAAUGUAUGCCAAUGAGAAUUACAGUUUUAAUCUGAAACUUGUGAUAUCCCUAGACCACUGUGUUUCGUUACUGGAUUGUUAACACAAUUGACUGAUCUGGAGUACUGAUAAUGAUGUCAUCAAGCGAUUCAUUUGUAAUGAAUUUUUUCUGUACACCUGCAUCUACAUAACCAGGCUCUUUCCUAUUCAAAUCAAGCAUCAGCAGUUUUUAGUUGGGAUGAAGUACUCUUUAGACAAGCUGGUAGACGUGUGCAUUAAAUGGUGCGUGCAAUGAUAAGCAAGUGUAUGAUGACCUAUUAAAUUCAAUGCAAAUUGUUUGUAUGUCAUUGGACACGUAUAGAACCUUGGGACUUCCAAUGAAAGGCUUUCUUUGAUCACGUCAUGAUUUCUUUCUUUUCCAUUGCCUUAUUAAAGAUAGGGAAAAUCAAAAUUUCAUCCUGACAAGUUGAUUUG